GACAGCAUUUCAGAUUCGCACCUUUUGGAUAGUAGACCGGAGGCUUCAUGCGCAUGCGCCCUCUGCUGCAUCCUUUGCUAACACUAUUUCCAUAUUGCUUAACCAUUCACUCACUCCAUUAACCGCACUGUAUCCACCACGACGACCACCACCACCACCACACCGGGCCUCAUGCGCCCACAACCAGGGCUGCCAUGGACGAGGACGAAGACGCGUCCAUGAUGUCGGUCGACGACAUUUCGUCGUCCACGGAUCCACUCCUCGAGACGGCCGCCACCCCAGCCUCUCGCUCCGUGACACCGGCGAUUCCAGCCCGCCAACCCGCAUCGGCGCGUCGCGGUUCCCGGAGAAACCAGCAGCCCACUCCGCGAACCCAGCGAGUCCAAGCCCUUCGAGAAAGCACGCCGAGAAAGCGCAUGUUCGAGUUGGACGUUGGAGACGCGCGAUCGCCCCAGCGCCUGCUGGUCACCGUCGAAGCCGAAAGCUCGAGAGUCACUUCAAGAAGCAGUGUUAGUCGCCGUCUGUUUCAACACUCGACGCCAACCGCUCGCAGCAUCCGCGAAAGAGAAAGAACAACUUCGGUUACGGUUCCCUUGCGCGGCGUGGAGGGUGAUGACGACGACGAGAUUACUCGACUUGGCGAGCUUGUUACACCGAGGCCGCGCGGAAGGCCACCACGAACAGCCACUCCAGGCACGGCCUUGCGCUCCGAGACACCAAAGACGACAACUCGCCCGAUGCGACCAGCGACCCCCGGAUUUCAACUGCGCGAAGCACGGUCCUCGUCAAAGGAUGUCUUGGAUUCAGAUGUCACAAUCGAUUUCAGCAAGCUCGGGUUUACACCAGGGACAAAGCGGCGGAUCAGCUUGACACCAGGGCCCAGCAGUCGUGCGCCAAAGCGGAGAAAGGGUGUUUCGUCGCCAGUAAGACAGCCUAGUCUGCUGGGUCCAGGCUCUGCGCGAAGGAAACGAGGCCGGCCGAGGAAAGAGUCGAUUGCGCACGACCAGUUUUCCGCCCUCAUAGACCGAGAUCUUACGGCCCUCAAAGAAGACGACUCCGACCAUGAGCCCGUGCCCGAAGCGGGUUCCAGUCGCGACCAACAAGACCGAAACCGAGAUCGAGACCAAGAACAAGAACAUAUCCGUCGGGAGCGCAUUUUUCAACGAGUACCGUCAAACGUCAUCCUAGGCAAUACAGGUGUUGGGGCUCCCUCGAGUGAUGCCCCUAGGCCUGACGAGUCGGAAGGUGACCUGUGGCUGGACAACUCGUUCAACCCACCUCAGGAUACACCGGCCGCUCGACGGUGGAACGGGGCACCAAGAGCGCAAUCCUCUAGGGUGGAACAGCUGCGACCGGAACCCGCGCGUCGAGAAACGCCCCAGCUGGAGUCGGAGCUUUCGCACGGGGAUGAGUAUGUCGAGUUCGCAGACUUUGGUGGCGGCGAAUCGCAUAGCGACAUCGAAUCGGGACUCGAGGAUGACAAUGCGACCCCGAGGGAUACACCGGUUCAGCCAACAGAGACUAGGUUGCCAGGCGAAGAAUUCACCAUGAUAGACCCGUAUUCGCUACUAUCUAUGCAGCAGAAUUCGAGCUAUGUCGAGGAACAAGGGCACGGAGGAGCGCAAAACAAGGAUACCCGCGACGGAGACACGACAAGUUUCUAUAUCAGUAAAACGAUCGGGUCAUUGCGGAUAAGUCAGCAGGAAUCGGACGAGCGAUCAAGUCACAUUAGGACAAUCGAUUAUUCUGUCAAUCCCAAUUGGACGACUACACCCAGGGCACCCGUUCCCAGUUACGAUCCGCUAUAUCGAUAUUCGACAGGAGAUAAUAGGGGAGAGGCCGAGGUGGUAGAGGAAGAAGAGGAAGAGGGGGAUGCGCAUGAGCGCAGCGAGUCUCUGGAAAGGCACCAGAAUCGACCAUAUUCAGGAGCGGAACAAGAUUCAGAACGGGAAGAGCAAGACCGGAACUCGCAUCGGGAUUCGCAACGGGAUCGCGAACUAGAGUCGGAACUUGCGCUCGAGCCUGGGUCCGAUGCUGGAUCAGAACCAAAAGGAGCCUCAAGGUCUGAACGUGGAAAGGAGGCGGAACCACAACAUGAGCCUGCACUUGAGCCCGAAGAAGAGCCCGAAGAAUCCGACAUAUGGUUUCGAAAAGAACCACGAAGGCGACAACAACGAGAGCUGCGAAAGGGGAAAACACAUGAACCAGAACCCGAACCUGAGCCAGAACCCGCGUCAGAAUUCAAUACUUGGGUUCGGGCAGAACAAAGACAAGAACAUCAAUAUCGAACACAGUUGGAAUCUAGCCUUUUGCAUCAGCGGCAAGCAAAUCGAACAAGUCGACUGGAACGCGGACGGGAACUAGAACUUGAGCAAAUAGCUGGGAAUACGCCAGACUUCGAACCCUUGCCUGAGCAGCGGUCCGAAUCACCGCAAGAACCUGAACGUUUUGAGCCGGUAUCUGAACCUCACCUUGAGGAAAAACAGGAGCAGGAGCAAGAGCUUGAGGAUAAUCUGGAGUAUGAGCGACUACAGGAAAGUGAAGCAGAAGCACGGCAGGAACAAGCACAACAGCCCAAUUCAAGGCGGGUAAAGUCACCACACCAACAGAAAGCCCGGUCGCUUGAAAGACAACUGGAUGUACAUGUCCGUGGUGAUGUUGGGGUGGAUUCGUCAAACCGCUCUGUGGACUAUGAUCAAUUUGAAACACAGGAAUCAAGUGUCCUAUAUCACGGCCAUCUUCGAAGAGAAUCGCGAGGCGCUCUGCCACCUGAACCAUCAAGUCCGUUAUUUAGAAAAUCUCAGACAGAUGUUCAGCAACAGACAACAAAGACAAGUAUUCAGCCCUCUGUCGAGCGGCUUUCAUCUACACCAUCUCCUGUCCCUCCAGAACCUCGCGACUACGACUUCCAGGACGACUUCGGUACUCAUGCCAACGUAGAGGCAGAUAACGACGACGCUGAGCUUAACGAUGACGAGCAAAGACAGCCCACCGAGUCUACCGAGCCCACUCCAGACGAUGAAAUGCCUUCCUCUCCCCCAACUGGAAGUUUUUCUCGACACGAGCAGCAGCGCCCCGAACCUCCACUACGCCGAGUCAGAUCCAACUCGAACGAGACCCCGGCCGACCGACUGACAUCUUUGGCCCCGCCAGGUCUUCCGGCACUUAACCCUCAGAACUUGAUGCCCCCACCUGACUCACAAAACCGGCCGGCUCUAUCUCCAAUCAUCAGAGCUGGUGAAGCACUGCAACAGGUAACCUCGGACCCUCCGUCGCCUCCAGGUAUGGGAAGCUUUCUGCGCAGUCCCUUCCGAGGGGUGCCUGAGGUCAAAGACAGCCGAUCACCCUCACCGUCGGCCUCCAGAGCUUCUCAACCCCAGCCUCAAUCCCAACCGCAGGCUCAACCUCAAUCUCAGCCGUUGCCCCAAGCCCAGUUUGAGAAUGCCCGUAACCAGCCUGAAAGAUCUGGAUUCGGCUUGUUUGGCUCGAUAAAAAAUCUGGUAGCCCAAGGAGCGCAAGUCUUAUCGCCACGGAAUGCUUCGAGGCAGGCUUCCAUUAAUACCGGGGAAAGCUCCAGACAAGCAUCAGCCACUGCUGGCGCGACUAGUUCCAUGGACAUCGCCAUGGACGACCCGUUUGGUCCAGAUCCACCCGGUUCUUCUAGAGGAAGCACCGGGCGCAACUCGCUCUUCGGCAGCAGGAUGAGCAAGCGCGGUUCCGAUAGUCAAGAUGCCAGUGGUACUGCUAGUGCCAGUGUCAGCUUCGAGAAACAAUCUCAAGCCAGCGCUAGCCUCGAGAGACAAAGUCGCGCCAGUAGCAGUUCUGACAGGCAAACUCAUGGUUACAAUGGAUUUGGAACGCAAUUUGAAGACAACGCUGGCUUUGUUAGACAUAGUCAAGUUAAUGCUGGCUCCGGCAGCCUACACCAAGUCUUCGGCGAACCAUAUGCUCAAGGCGUUGCGGGUUUUGGCAGCCAACGCCAAAUUUUCGGAGAACCGUAUGCUCAAGGCACCAUCACCGACUUUGAAAGAUCGGCACAAGCGGACGCUAAUUUUGGUGGACGAAGUCAGGCCAAUACCAGCUUUGACCGACAAGCCGAUGCAAGCACAAGUUUCGGCAGAUCUCAAGUUCAGGCCAGCAGCAGCCAUGCCAUAAAGCAACUUUCAGUGACUACCAAAUUUGACAGACAGCGUCAAGAAAAUACCAACUUCGGACAUACUCAAGCUGAGUCUGGCACCACUCACGACAGACAAGCCCAAUCUGAGACUAGCUUCGCAAGCCAACGUCAAGCUAGCACCAAUUCUUCCACUCGACAACCUCAAGCCAACACCACCUUCGGCAGCACAAAAAAGGCCGCUUCUUCCUUCUCCGAGCGCGAGCGCGAGCGCGAACAGCACGGGCAUCAACAUGAGCAUGAAGCCAUGGACUGGCAAGCAGAAGAAUCCAGUCACAGUCACGAAAUCAACGUGACCCGUGACAGGUCCGCCUCCGCUAGCCUUGGUUUUCACGACAGCAGCAGCCAUCACGACAGCUCUGGAGAGCGAGCACGUACUAGUACUCGGGAGGAAAACUCUACUCGGAGAUCAGGAUCAGUCAGAGAAGAUCAUGAUUCUCGGGAACCUUCCCAACCCGAACCCGAACCCGAAGCUCGUCGUGAUUAUAAGGAAUUCAUCGAGGUGGAAACGGUCACAGAAGAGAGAGAGGAACAAAGAAUCUGGGGAUCCUACGGAGGUGAUGCCAGGGCCAGGUCGAGCUUCAAGGAGAAUAGUAGUAAUAGUCAUUCGGGCAGGAGACAUGGACGGCCGGAAAACUCUACCUUGAGAAGAUCAGUGGGAGAAGAGCGGGAACGGGAAAGGGAACCAAAGGCUCGCUUUAGGGAAAGUGUCGAAGUUGAGACGGUAACUGAAGAGAGAGAGGAAGAGCGGAUUUACGGAGAAGGCGAUGCCAAAUCUAGCAGCUUCAGGGAAAGUAGUCAUUCUUCUAGGAGACAUGGACAUGGAUGGGAUGGUCACCGGCAUGGUUCUUCUCGGCAUAGGUCGUCGGAAGAGCGGGAGACGACAAGGGAAGAACGGGGACGAAGCGAUGCAAGGGAGCGGGGAAAGAGAGAGGUGACGGAGGAGAUCGUAGAAGAAGUCCGGGAGGAGGAGUAUGAGCAUGGGAGCGAACAUUAUCACUCGGGUGGUCGUCACUCGAGUGGUCGUGAGGAGGUGGAGAGCUACCGACAUGGGAGCUCCCGUUCUGACCGAUCUGACCGAGGUAAAGCCUCGUCUUCUCGACAAAGGUCAAAAGAGCGAGAGACGAGGGAAGAUCGGGAAAGGAGAGAACAAGGGGCGAGAGAGGUGACCGAAGAAAUUACGGAGGAGGUCCGGGAAGAGUAUGAGCAUGAGAGCGAACACUACCGCUGGGGCGGUCAUGGUGAGGAGAGCCGCCGACACGGGUCCUCCCACUCCAACCGAUCUGACCGAGGUAAAGCCUCGUCUUCUUCUUCUUCUGGGGGACAUGGUCACCGCCAGCGAAGUUCUGGCGAACGGGAAGCGAGGGAAGUGCGUGAGGUGACCGAGGAAAUCGUGGAGGAGGAGCGGCAUGAGUAUGAAGAGGAAAGAGGAGGCCGUCGUUCUAGUCACGUUGAAGAGAGUCAUCGCCACUGGUCACGCGGGCCGCGCGGGUCGCAGUCCAGCCGAGCUAGCGAUUCUAGGCAUGAUGACCACACGCGCGGCUUAAAGGAACGGGAUGCCAGAGAGGUGACUGAAGCCGAGGACGAGCGGCAUGAGUAUGGAGAGGAAAGAAAAGGGCAGCACUCGCGGUUUGUGGAAGAAAGCAGUCAGAGACAAGAGUCCCAAUCCAACCGAGGUGGAGAUUCCAGGCGGCAUGGCUACCAGCGAAGUUCGGCAGAGCCAAAGAGGAGAGAGGCGGACGAAGCCCGAGAUGACUUUGCAGAGGAAGGUCAAGAGCACCGGACGAGUCGUGGUUCUCAGAGAAGUCGUCAACGCGAGCUGCUGCUCGGGCGUGGCAAGACUUCCUUGCGAGAUGAUCAACUGCGAGGCUCGGGAGAGAGUCAAGCGACUGAAGUGGAGAGGGCACACCAUGAGAGCUUUUCCGAAGGUGAAGGUUACGAUAUGACUCAUGUGGAAGAGAGCCAUCAUCGUGAAGAAUCUCCGCUUGAACAUCGAAGAGACGAGCACGAGCACGAGUACGAGCAAGACCACCGGAUGGAUUAUAUGGAGGAAGAAGAAGAGGGCCAUCACCAAGCUCAGCAAGGGGAACAAGCAAUAGAGCACCAUGAAGAGGAGGAAGAGGAGGAGGAGGAUCUUUUCCUCCUCGAAGCCAUGCGUUCAUCUCCCGCAGUCAAAGCCAAAUCCACCCUAAAGGAGAACGAUCCUGCCAGCUUCCUUCCCUCAACUCAUCAGCCCCAGCCUAGCUCCCGCUGGCAUUCCAACAAGAGUCAAAUGGUUCGGGAUCAGUUGAACAAAGCCGCAGACAAGAGUGACGAGCUGGAAGAGUUUAGCCUCCUUCAUUCCAGUCGGGCCAAGAAGUUCCGGCCUGCGUUGAAGCCCGUUCCGAACAAGAAAGCGAAUCUUUCGAGCUUCUUCUCGUCGCCUGCACCUAUUCCGGAAAUCAGUUUACAGGGUCCAGAGGGUAAUGCUUCUCUUCAGUCUGGGCCCGAAGUGCUCGAUAGGCAAAGUCAAGCCAACGGCAAGGUGUCAUCUGGUUCGGGAGCCCUUUCGGAGCGGUCACAGCACCUUUCUACAGGUCAGGAAGCUGAGAGGAAGCUAGGAACGACUCCCAUAGGCCGCGUUCCAUCAUCUCAGCGUCUUUCUGUGCCAGUUUCCCAAAAGCCGUUUCAGCCUUCACCUCUGGGUACAGCGCCCGUGUUAUCAGGGCAAUCCUCCCGACCCCUGCAACCGGCACAACGUGUACUUCGACACUCUUCCUCCAUCAUCGGUUCCUCCUCACCACCACAGUCUGGAAGCAUCUACACUCCGGUCCCGCAGAAACAGAACUUCACUCCAGUGCGACGCGAACCAGGCGCUAAGCUCCCCUUGUUCGAACGGGGCGGCGGAACAAAGACCAGCACUGCCACGACUCUGCCUCUCAAAGACAACGACUCAGGCUCAGGAACCACUCCGAAUUCGAUAACUGACAAACCUAAGCAGUUGCUGUUUGGUCUUAAGGAGUCCAUCUCGAAGCUGUUCUCGGAUCCGCCCGCUAAGAGCGUUGAGUACGGACCGGAGAACGAGGAUGAAGAAGAGCAAGAGCCUGAAGAGGACAUGGACGACUACGACGAGAUAGUGGAACUCGAGGAAGAACAGUCAUCCACCGAGGAAAACUUCGAGCCACCUCCGCUUCGAUCUCUGCCUGACAAGAACUCUUCCCCUGUCAAGUCUGCCUUGCGACCGCCGACCAAGGGCCAUACGCCCGGCCGCGCGGUGCAGUUUGCCAACAGUGUCCGACAGUCGCCUACUCCUCGGCGCAACGCAGACGUUGAACAGAGGCGUCCUGUAUUCGGUGGCCGUUCCACUCCUGUGAUUAUCACCAGCUCGCCCAGUACCCACACGGAGAGCAGUCCUGUUCCUAGUCCUGCGGGCUCGGAGAGGAUUCAGGAGAAUACGCCUGGGAGGUAUGAGGAGGAUUAUCAGGACGAGGAACAGCACAAAUUGGAUGACGCGGCGGAUACGGACAUGGAUAUGGAUAUGAAUAUGGAUGAUGAUAUUGAAUGGUACGAGCAUAGCCCCGCGCCAGCACCAGCAGUCCAAGCACCAGGACCUGCGCCUGCAUUCCCUCGCCCACUGAGCCCUGGACGUGGACGGCAACGGCAGCAGCAACAGCAACAGGAAUCACAACCACAACAGCAACAACCACAAGUUGCUGCUGCACCACGUCAACCACCAGCAGCACAACCGCCGCUCAUUAAACCCACAUCCACCCUCGAAAACUCCCCCGUCAUCCGCUCUGGCGUCUCUCUGUUUGGCUACAGUCGCCGCAAAUCACUACCGCCUCCUAUUCCGCCUUCCAACCGUAACAUCGUCACGCCUCUGCAGCCGCUUUAUCCAUCUCUCCCACCAGUUUCGUCUUUCGGCCAGCAACAGCAACAACAGCAACAAUCCUCUCAGCCGUCGACCUCGGCCUUGACAUCAACCUCUCAACACCAUAACGGCCAAGCUUCCACCGGUGUUUCCACCACGGGUACUUCCACCACCGCCACCACCACCACAUCCCACUCCCAUGACCACCAACAAGAACAACAACUCCCCCCACCAACCCACCUCUGGAGCACCUCCCACUGGGACAUCCUCUCCUCCGUAAUCCACGCCCACCGCGCCCUCCAAUCCCAAUCCAAAGGCAAAGGCAAACAACGGGCCUCCACUCAUCUCUACUACCCACACUCCCCCACCCUCUCUUCUUUCCUGCACCAAACCUACCGCCCCUCGCCUCAGCAAACCACUUACGACCCCGUCACGCGUCUACCCAUUGACGAGUCGGUGGUGAUUGAGCAAUGGCAUUUGGACGUCGUCUACGAGUUUCGGGAGAUGUUCAGACGGGCUUGGGGAACAGAUGAACUUUACGGUGGUGUUUUUGCGAUGGAUGAACAGGAAAAGGGGGGGUGGAGUGAGGGGGAGUUGGUCAGACGGGUGUAUGCGUUUUUGGUGGGGGAGAGGAGGAGGAGGGAGGGACGGGUUGAUAGGGGGAGGAGAAGGGGGAGGGGGGUCGUUUGUUAG